AAGUUGCCGUGUGCGUUACUGUUUCUCGCGCCUGCAUCAAUAUGUCAUUAUAGACUGCGUUAAUCUAACAACAGUCAAAGUUGAGCUACGCUUGUUCUCCCUCGGCAGGCCUCUCUUAUAUUUGACACUCAGUUACUUUUUAGUGAUCAGAUUUUUCUGCUCGUCAUAUGAAAAUCGACUGCGGAACAGUAUUGAAUCGGACUGCGACCUGAACUGCAACUGGAUUUGAUUUUUCAGUCUUAUCAUCAUACGGCGGUCAUCUUGCACUUUUACAGUACUUGCAUCAAUAGCAUCGCAGUUUGCGGCCCAUGGAACCCGAUUUCCCCUUAUCUGGGACGUUCGUCUCAUCCAUCAAAGAGUCUUGCCGGAUCGUGACAGUGGCCGCAAAUAUCAAGGUCGAAGAUGCCGCUAUCAGGCGCUUCCUGGAAUCUCCGUCCUUUCGAUCCUCGUUUCAUCGUGUCUCAGGCUCUCAUGGGCUUGCAUUCCCUCUCAAGUUCCCCUCACUCUUAUCUGAACUAAACCUUUUAUCUGUUCUUUCUCUCCUCAACUUCGCUUCCGGCUAUCGAGUGCCACUUCACGAACAGACAGGACGAGGUGCAUGGGAUAAUAUACGGGCGUUCACAUUCUCUCUAUAUCUGUCCUCUGCGACAGGACAGGGAGAUUUACUUUCCGCGAAAGGCAUGAAGACGAUGAGUGAGCAGCAAGUUGCCCAACACAUGGGUGUCACGAUCCACGUCGAGCGACCUCAUGAAAAGAUUCCCGGUGUCACAGUCGGGGAACUCGGUGGACCAAUAUAUGAGCUGGUGAAACUGAUCAACUCAACCCUAACCGAGACGGGUCAGAUCCUGGACGCUGCAGGAUAUUCGGAAUUAGGGGGCUUUGUUUUGGAGAGCUUGAAGGAAGGAGCAAAGGCAGACCCUAGCGCAAGUCUUGGAAUUGUGCUAGAGAGGCUGGUCAGAGCUAUUCCAGCUUUCCGCGACAUGGCAGUUGUUAACGGGAAACCGGUGUACUGCUUCAAAAAGGCACUUUUUCUUAUCCAUGCAGUGAAGAUUCGUUUUGGUUCUUCGCCACCAUUUCCCAUCCCCAGCACAGCUCAGGCACCCGUGUUCACCGAUAAUGUUCUGCCGUCCCUUUUGGACCUGACUGGUGCAACAUCUCACGGACUUCAUGAAUUGUUUCCUGGUGCCGAGAGCGAAGAUAAGAUUGACGCUCUCUUGGCUUUACCUCCUGAGGCUUCACAGGCUGCCUAUGUUUUGCGUGCGGCUGCCGUAUACGCUUGCGAGAAAAUUGUUGAAUAUGCAAGGGGUGAUGGAAAAAAUAGUGAAGAGCAGACAUGGCUGAAAGAUAUCACAUUGCCCGAACUAGACAUCUGGCUCUGGGCAGUAGCCAAAGACCGACCAGAUUAUAGAGAGCUGGAGAGAUUUGUUCUGCGGGGUACGGUGUUCUUUUAGAGUUAUCCAGGCGUCAAAAUCACCAAUGAAGGACUUGUGUGUCCAUGUGCGUUGACGAGCAUGAUUAUUUUGAUAAGCCAAUUGCAAUCCUUCACCCAGAAUCUUGAGACUCAGAGGCCGCAACAUCCAGAGGUAUAAUCGUAACUUUGCCAUGGCAAUAUGGCCAUCUGGAAAUCGUGGGUGAGCGUUGCUGAGUUGUUCGGGGAAGUC